CCCGGAGGCUAAGGGACGCUGCAGAGCUACACAGCUGUCCAGCCUGGGAACACUGGAUGGCCCUGCCCCAACCUCUUCUUCCCCUGCUGGCAGCUCAGACCAUGGGAGGCUCCCGCUGCAGAGUCUUUCUCGUUCUACAUGCGCUGUGUGCCUUGCUGAUUCUGUUGGAAAUUGAAUCUGGGAACACCACUGCCUCUGCCUCCACAGACUGUGCUCGCUGGUGCCCUCUGAACUCCAAAUGUGUCAAUGCCACCGCCUGUCGCUGUUCUCCGGGAUUCAAUUCUUCAUCUGGGGAGAUCUUCACCAGCUCCUCAGAGACAUGUGAUGACAUAAUCGAGUGUGGACCACCUCCGGUAGUGUCCUGUGGAAAAUUUGCAGACUGCAAGAACACGGAGGGGAGCUACUACUGCACAUGCAACCCAGGAUACGAGCCUGUUUCUGGGGCAAAAAUGUUCAGAAAUGAGAGUGAGAACACGUGUCAAGACAUAGACGAAUGUCAGCUGUACCCCAGAAUCUGUAAGGGCCGCAGCAUCUGUGUCAACACUGCAGGCAGCUACACCUGCGAGUGCCCGCCUGGCUUCGAGUUCGACCAGCAGCACCCAAACCUGUGCAAAGAUGUGAAUGAAUGUACUUCGGAGACAAAACCAUGCCACAAAACCACCCACUGCCUCAACAGUGUGGGCAGUUAUAAGUGCCGCUGCCGCCCAGGCUGGAAGCCAAUGCCUGGGUCCCCCAAUGGCCCAAACACCACCAUCUGCGAAGUGAUCUCCUUCCCCACCUGGACCCCGCCCCAUGGAAUCAAGAGCCAGAGUCUCUCCCACUUCUUUGAAAAGGUCAAGAAUCUGAGCAGUAACUCUGACUCGCCUCAGGUCACCAUCCGUGAUCUCAUCAAGUCAUUGGAGGAGCUACUGGAAGAACCCGGGGACCUGGAGACCCUGGACUCGUGGGCCCGGCUCCGCAUAGCCACCAACCUGCUGUCAGGCCUUGAAAACUUCCUGAGGACCCUGGCCUUAACCAUGCCUGAAGCCCCCUUCACCUACCAUUCCCCCAAAAACACAGAGCUGUCCCUGAUGAUUCAGAAGCAAGGGAAUGGAAAUGUCACCAUGGGCCAGAGCCAUGCACGCAUGCUGCUGAACUGGUCCAUGGCAGCUGGGAGCAAGGACUCAGGCCCCUCCGUGGCAGGCAUGCUCUCCAGCCCAAGCAUGGGUCAAUUGCUGAAAAACGCCGCCUUCAAUCUGGACUCCGAGAAGAAAGCCGAGCUGGAAAAGACACAUGAAAGUCCCGUCAGGGCUGUCCAGCACAGCCUCGUCUCUGCUGUCAACUCGGUCUUUCUGAGCAACACGAAGACAGAGAAACUAGACGCCCCUGUCACCUUCGCCUUCUCCCACUCUGUAAUGCGUAAACUUGAGACACGGCAGGAGCUGAUCUGUGCCUUCUGGAAGGGUGACAAUAAGAGUGGCGGGUACUGGGACACUACCGGCUGCUGGAAGCUGGGCGGCUGGAAUGGCAGCAUCACCUGUCAAUGCAGCCACCUGAGCAGCUUUGCCAUCCUCAUGGCCCACUAUGACAUUGAGGACCUGAAGCUGGCCCUGAUCACCAAGGUGGGACUGUCGCUGUCACUGGUCUGCCUGCUGCUGUGCAUCCUCACCUUCUUGCUAGUGCGGCCCAUACAGGGUUCGCGCACUACCGUGCACCUGCACCUUUGCAUCUGCCUCUUUGUGGGCUCCGCCAUUUUCCUGUUGGGCAUCGAAAACGAAGGCGACAAGGUGGGGCCAGGCUGUCGCCUAGUGGCCGGGCUACUGCACUACUGGUUUCUGGCCGCCUUCUGCUGGAUGAGCCUCGAAGGCCUGGAGCUCUACUUCCUUGUGGUGCGCGUGUUCCAGGGCCAGGGCCUUGGGAAGCGCUGGCUCUACCUGAUCGGCUAUGGCGUGCCCGGGCUCAUCGUGGCUGUCUCGGCGGCCGUCAAAAGCGAGGGCUACGGCCGUGUCAAAGGCUGUUGGCUGGACUACGAAGGCGGCCUCAUCUGGAGCUUCAACGGACCCGUGGCUUUCAUCAUUUUGUGCAAUGCUGUCAUCUUCGUGACAACUGUCUGGAAGCUCACUCAAAAGUUCUCUGAGAUCAACCCAGACAUGAAGAAAUUAAAGAAGGCGAGGGUGCUGACCAUCACCGCCCUGGCACAGCUCUUCCUGCUGGGCUGUACAUGGGUCUUUGGCCUGUUCCUCUUGGACCUGAGGAGCCAGGUGCAGUCCUACACCUUCACCAUCCUCAACUGCCUGCAGGGCUUCUUCCUCUUCCUGCUGCACUGCCUGCUCAACAAGAAGGUGAGAGAGGAGUAUCGGAAAUGGGCUUGCAUGGUCAUCGGGAACAAGUAUUCGGAGUUUGCCACGUCCACAUCGGGGUCCAGCAACAAUCAGACUCGGGUCCUCAGGCCAUCAGAGUCGGGCAUGUGACCCUGCAGCUCUGGCCAGGCCAGCAACGCCUGUGGCCUCAGCAGCUUUUGCACACGUGGAAGACUGUCCCCUUCUCUUCUACCACUCUGCUCCCUCUGCCAUCCUGCCCCCGUAUGUGCCUCGGGGAGAAGGAGUUGACAGUUGUUGCCUGGCACCAAACCCUGGAGCACACAGCCAGGGUGGAAAGUCAGACUUGACGGACCUGCUUUUGGUUGCCUCUGCUGUACCCCAGCUGGGAUCUAGGGUGGGCUGGAGCUGGCCCCGGGCUGCAGCCCCUUGCCCAGGUACACAACACCCGGACAGAUUGAGGGCUCCUGUGCCCGCCUGGCCUUCCUCUCAUCUCUUUGCUACAGAACAAAAAGCAAGAGUGCUGGGGUUCCUUUUCCUGUUAAGCUAAGACUGGGGUCAGGAAUGGGAGAAGGGCAGAGCCCUUCCUGGCUGCACUGCCUGUGGUUCACGGUACAGAGGCCUAUCUGCCCCGCACUGGAGCAGAGGGUUCUCACUGUUUUGAAGUGUGGAUGUUGUGUAAUAUUUUUUUAUCUGUAUAAACUUUUCAACGUUGA